AUGCAUUUCUCUUCGGCCGCGCUGCUCCUUACUCCGAGCAUCAUCGGGGCCUUGGCAGCAGACCAGGCACCUCUCACCAGCGACAACGGCAGUUGUCUUUCGUCCCCAAGCUACAAGUCAUGCUGCCCAACGCAGAAUUCCUCCGGAGAAGGCGGGAUCAGCGGUAGCACCUUCGAAUACACUUGCGGUUCCUGGCCAUCUGCGGCUGUCAAGCACGCGGACAAGUCACUUACGCCUGCGCAUUGCGCGGAAAUAUGCGCACGGGAUCCGCAAUGCGUCGCAGGAGCCUGGUCUUCGGGGGCUUGCUACAUAACUAAAGACCCCGCCUACAAGCGCUUCGGUCCUGGUGUCCAAUCCAUCAUACUACUCGUGAAGACGGAUGAUGCUUUUGAAGGGAGCACAUCAGGCGGGAGUGGCCGCCAGAAUGCAGCCGAGUGCGAGAGAGAAAAAGAUGCCAUUCAGAGCCAGAUGGCAUCUCAAUGCGACAUCGAGAAGCAAAAGCUUCAGACUGGCUGUAAAGAUGAUGUCCGGACGGCGGAGGAGAGUUGCAAUCAGGAAAAGACGGCACUUGAGACGAAGGCGGCCACGCUUGCACGGGAGAAAACGCUGUGCGAGGCCGACAAGGCACGAGAACUUACCGUUGCCAAGGCGCAAUGUGAUGCCGACAGGUCUCGGGAGCUUACCGAUGCUAGAACGCAAUGCGAUGCAGAAAAGUCUCGAGAGCUCACCGAUGCUAAAACGCAGUGUGAUGCCUUGAAGUCCGCCAUCGAAAAGCAACUACAACAAUGCCAAAAUCAACAGGACCAGGGUAAAAACAAUCAGCAAGGGUCUCCUCAGGAAGCCGAGUGCAAGACCACGUCAUGGCAAGCCAUGUGUGGUAGUAGGCAAUGCGCGGAUAGAUUCUCCAUCGAAGGGGUUGAGUAUGAGCGAAGGUGCGGCGUGGCUACAACGAACACGAGGCAGAAGGUAAUCUCGACCGCUGUUUACCGCACGCCGUGGGACUGUUUGAAGUCUGAGUGCAACGGAGUUCCGAAUUGCAUGGGAAUUGGUUGGACUAAUGCGUUUAAUCUGUGCCACGUUCACCUGCAUGCGAACACUGUAGGAAAGGUCCUCAAGCCUGUCGGUUCACACCAUGCUCUAUUCAAGGUGGACUGGAAACAGCCAUUCUAA